CCCAAAUUCUUAACCGCGUUUAGUAACCAUUACUCACGUCAUUGUAGCCGACAACCGUAACUCUCGAGGCGGCAUCAAUUCACACCUCAAUGCGGGACCGAUCUUAAUUUAAUAAUAAUAGGAAUUGGAAAGAUAGGAGAAUUGGCACUGCUAUGAGCGAGGCAGAGCUCUGCCCUCCUCCCUAUAUUUCAACCAGGUGUUGAACUAGCCGGUAAACUUGAAGAACAGUAGUCGAUACCAGCACCCUCGCCCUCACAAUGUCGGACUCAUCCAACAACAACACCGGCAACCACACGGGGCGUCUCCCCCCCCUCAGCACGCCGCGCAACCUCACGACCCCCAACCGCCGCGGCACCACCGGCGAGCCCUCCUCGAACCUCCGCCUCUCCGCCUCCGCCCGACGAAACCCAAACACCCCCCACGCGCGCGCCGCAAUCCGAGCCAUAGACCAGCGGCGCGCCGCGCUCUUCACACCCGGCCGCGUCGGGCGCCGGCGCAGCCUAGCCCGCGAGCGUGAGCGGGAGACGCCGCGGGAUCUGCUGCGGAACCUUAGUCGGGUUCUAGCGCCGACCUCGACGGCAGUGUCGUCCUCGUCCUCGUCGCCCGGCCCCAACGCGAAUAACAGCUCGACGUUGCAGACGCUGAUAGAAGAGGAUGACGACGACGAGUUUCCGAUCGAACGGCCGCGGUUCUCGCUGCCGUUGGACCAUGAUGACGAGUAUGAUAGCGAGUUGAAGCCGCCGCGGUCGAGUAUUCUGGAUGAUGAGAAUUAUACCGUUCAGUCGAUUGAGCUGCCUCGACGGCAAUAUACGGAGAAUCUCAUGGGUAGAGAUAGAGGUAGUUAUGGGAGUGUGAGGAUGAGUGAUUUUAUCGGGCCGGAAAUCGAUGAUGCGGAUGAUAAUGAUGUGGGCAUUGACUCGGGGUUCUUUCCACCGCCUGCGCUGGAUGAUACUGGAGAGGUGGCUAUGGAUGAAGAUGCUAUAUUCGAACGUGUGGACGAAGAGACACGACGGCAGACCAUGGGAGGUCGAGACGAUUUUGGCCCGAUUCAGAUUCCUGAUAUUGGAAACGAGAGCACUUUUGUCAUGGCCCCGAUGGAAUCGCCUACUCGAGACCCAACUGUAACCGAAGGGAUCGAGACGGCAGAUGCUCAAUUAGACAAUGACGACAAUGACGACGACAUAGGACAACCGUUCGAUCCUUUUGACAUGGAUGAUAGUGACGGUGGAGGUGAUAUUGGUGGUGGAGGCGAUGGUGAUGGUGAUGGUGGCAACGAAGAAUUAAACGAGACCAUUAUAUCCCAAGCCCUAGAUCCCUUAGCGCAAAGACGAUCUAGUACGAGGAAAAAGAACGGUAAGAAGAUAUCAAGACACGGCAUCGAGUAUCCUUCCUUACCUCAAGGUGUGGUAAAACGACUGGCGACAACACUUGCGAAGACAGCCGGAGUUAGCAAAGCGAAGAUUAGUCCGGAUACACUGGAUGCGAUUAUGCAGGCUACGGACUGGUUCUUCGAGCAACUAGGGGACGACUUGGCAGCUUUCGCGGGACACGCAGGUCGAAAGACGAUCGACGAGAGUGAUAUGGUGAUGCUCAUGCGAAGACAACGACAGACUAAUGCGUCGACAACAACAUUCGCCCUAGCGCAACGACAUCUGCCGAGAGAACUCCUACAAGAGAUGCGUAUGACGGUCCCGCCUCCCACCAAAGCCCCCCGAAAGAAAAAGUCACGACACACAGAAGUGGAUGAAGAGGAGGAAGUAACGUGAAAUCGGGCUGAAUUCCGGAUUCUUUAAAUAUUGCAAUGAAUACUUAAAGCAAGGAACCUAUGACCAUUCCUUAUUCAUCCGCACCCUACGCGAGAUAUCCGUGGGUGGCUUCUUAACUACCAUGUAGAACAUUAUCGACGUUGCGACGGCGAGUCCAUACCUAAGGUAUGAUUGUUAGUACGGUAGCCGAGGAUAGGA